CCCGACCCAGAGUCACGCUAGUGCUCUCCGCUAGUGACGCUUACAUUCCCUGCUCCUGCCCUCAGCCAUAUUGAAAGUGCAGUUUCCGAGUUUGGCUGCCCGGGAAAGUGGCAAAAAAACUUCCAUCUGACGAUUUUUGAAUUUAAGUAUUUUGCCCGUUGGAAAACUUACCAGAGAUUGUGUCUUCGCGUCUACAGCCGUUCAUCGGCGUGUGAAAGAUGGUGGACCGCUUGGCGAACAGUGAGGCCAACUCUAAGCGCAUUGGAGUCGUGGAAGCAUGCUUUGGCACAGCAGGUCAACCGCUAGCCAUCCCAGGUCGAGUGCUGAUCGGAGAGGGCGUUCUCACAAAGCUGUGCCGCAAAAGGCCCAAAGCCCGGCAGUUCUUCCUCUUCAAUGACAUCCUGGUGUACGGCAACAUCGUCAUCCAGAAGAAGAAGUACAAUAAGCAGCACAUCAUCCCUCUGGAGAGCGUCACCAUAGACACGGUAGAGGAUGAGGGCGACCUGCGCAACGGUUGGCUCAUUAAAACGCCCACCAAAUCCUUCGCCGUCUAUGCCGCCACAGCUACGGAGAAGUCUGAGUGGAUGAGCCACAUCAGCAAGUGCGUCUCGGACCUACUGGAAAAAAGUGGGAAAUCUCCCACCGGCGAGCACGCGGCCGUCUGGGUGCCUGACUCUGAGGCGACCGUGUGCAUGCGCUGCCAGAAGAUGAAAUUCACCCCCAUGAACCGCCGCCACCACUGCCGGAAAUGUGGCUUUGUCGUGUGUGGCCCGUGUUCGGAGAAGAAGUUCCUGCUACCCAGUCAGUCAUCCAAACCGGUGCGGGUGUGCGAGUUCUGUUACAAGCAGCUCUCCACGGGCGGCACCCUCCCGUCCCACUCAGACUCCUACAGCCGUUCUGAGUUUUCCAGCAACAAUAUCUCAGACGACGACGAUGAUGAUGACAGCAGUGACUGAGGGUCACUUUUAGGAAUAUUGACCAUCUACAGAUCAUAUCCCAUUAUUUUAGUCUAAUUUUCAUUCAGGGUGUGCAAAGGUUCUUGUGGCAAUAACACCUUCCCAAAACGAUUAAAGGCCCCUGUGCAUAUGAACAAAAGGUUUGAUGGGAAUUGUACCUGACCUGUGUAUUAAUGAACACUACUUGUCGGCUCGCUCUACUUUCACAUUAAAGUCACUCUCAUAGUCCAUUUUAACCUCUUUCAUAUAAAUGCAUUUCUUGGUGCUCUUUCAUCUUCUUUUUUCCCCUUUUCCUUUUAGCUACCGUAUCCUUACUGAGCAAUGCUGCUAUCCGCUGGAGGAAGAGAAUGUUGGGUAAUGUGAUUGCGGGCUGUUCCUAGGCAUACACUCCCUCAGGUGAAACCGUGUAGUGCAUUAUAACUAGGUUUUAAACAAGGAACUGCAUUUAGUGCUUUGAACAACUAACCACUAACAAACCGUGAAAGUGUGCGUUCAGGUGAAGGUCUUCUGUUUCUCACUUUGCUCAGUUUCUAGUAAUUGCAAAUGACAAAUCAGAUAGACGCUACUAAGCUUGUAAAUGCGUGUAUAUAAUGCUGUGGUUUAGGAAGUCUGUUGGAAAAUUAAUCUGACAAGGUCGUCGCUGCCUUAGUGCCUUCUUAUUUAUCUUCAGGAUCCUUGAAAUGAGAAACUAUUUAUGACUUGGGCUGAUUUCUUCACUUUGAGACACCUGCCUUCGUUUGAUGGCACAUCACAUGUCGUAUUCUGUUUAGAGGUGCACAGGUCCCAUUCAGUGACCAUUUUUAUUCAUAUGACUGUAGUUAUGAUCAAAACUAGACCAACAGUUUCAGUUGAGGACAGUCGAUUAUAUUCUCAGUCCGAAUAGCUUUUGGACCGGAUUUCAACUCUAUACAUAUAUACACAUUAGCAUGCAGCCCACAGGAAUCGCACUAAUCGUCACAAAGGCGAAGGAAGCGCUAUCCUUUUCGCCCGCUCUCUCUUAUUGGGGUCUUUGUGUUAGAGAAGUCACAUGUCGGGCCUUGACAGUCAGUCCUAAUCGUUUUGAACGGGAAUCGAAAGCAUUAUGAGGAAGCGACUGUCACACAGCCACCUUGUUUCCAAAGAAGCUGCUAAGCGGGUAAUUUUUUUACCUCUACACAAGUCGAGCUGGUGGGAGAAUCAGCUAUACUGCUUGAGAACUGUCUCUCAGUACUGAAUACUUGAUCACCUGUGUAGAUGGCAUAUUUUGUUUGUGUCAGAAUAACAAAACUGACAUUGAAAAGGGAUAUUUAAUGAACCUAACUGGCUAAAGAGCCCGCUCAGACUGUCUAGUUUAUAUGCAAUGACAGAUACACUUAAGUCAAAAGUAUUUUUUUGCUUUUAUACAUUUAUGUGAGACUUAUUUGAGAUUUAGAAAUAGGUUUACAGUGAUUGACUCAAGGUAAUUAUCUAAUCUUGCUUUUGGAAUAUAACGUUAGAUUCCAGGUUAUAUUUGGCAUAAUGUUUGAUUUAAUGAAUUGUUUUAAUCAUUCCAAAUCUAACCUGAAGAUUAUUUGUUUUAAUUUUACUUAUAUGUUGUAAUAUUCUGAGAUGAUUGUUUUGAUUUUGCAUGUUGUAAACCUUUGUACAGUUUUUUUUUUUUUGUAUAUUUACUCUUAGUUGGGCUUGCUGCUUUUUGUUUUUUUUCUUCAUAGCGUUUCCGUGUGGUUCAUGUGUGCGUUUCCUGAACACCUCUGGAUCAGCUACCAGCACUUUACUCACUCUGCAAACCACAAGAGAGGGGUGGGGCCUGGUUGGGGGAGGGGCUUGGGUAGGAUGUGGGCAGGGACUACAUGUCUUUACAAAUCUGACCUGCAAAUACAAGAGAAUAGAUCUGAGUAGAAGAUAAACAGGAUUGGCAUUUACUUUUCUUUUGUGAUUUCUUGAACAUGUAAUUUAUGAGUCCCUUGUUCUUGGAUGAAUUUUGGGGGAUUUUCUGUUUCUUGUACAUUUUUUGCCAUUUUUAAUUCUCAUUUAAAACUCUGAAAGGGCUGAAAACUGAAUGUAAUCCAUCAUAUCAUCAUUAUUAGAUACUAAUUCUGAGGAAAAUAUAUGCAUUGCUUAAA